CGGCCUUCCUCCCUUCGAGAGCUUGGAGCUCCAUUGAUUGUCGCUCCCUACCCCCGGUCAACUAGCACUCUGUCCCUCCUUUGUCCCCCCCCUAUUCAUGCCUUGAUCGGUCGCACUGCAUACACCUCGCGACACGCAUUCGUGAUGAAUGGCUUCGCAGCGCACGGCCUCAAUGAGGAUGCGUUCGGCGAAAAGUCUGAGCUGCAGGGCGGCCUGAAGACUUUUGAUGCUUUCCCGAAAACAAAAUCCUCAUACACUGCCCCUUCCAGCCGUGGAGGGCAAUGGACCGUCCUCAUCCUUCUCGUCUGCACCGUUUUUUCUUUCUCAGAAUUCCGCACCUGGCUCCGAGGAACCGAGAACCACCACUUCAGCGUCGAGAAGGGCGUCGGCCACGAUCUGCAACUAAACCUCGAUGUCGUCAUUCACAUGCCCUGUGACACCCUCGAUGUCAACAUCCAGGACGCCUCCGGCGACCGUAUCCUCGCCGGCGAGCUGCUCCAACGCGAACGCACUAGCUGGCAACUCUGGAUGGACAAGCGCAACCGCGAGACCCAUGGCGGCGCCCAUGAAUACCAGACCCUCAGCCAGGAAGACACCGACCGAAUCUCUGCGCGGGAAGCCGACUCCAAUAUCCACCACGUUCUCGGCGAAGUGAGGAAAAACCCACGUAAGAAGUUCCCCAAGGGACCAAAGUUGAGACGCGGCGACAAGGUCGAUUCGUGUCGCAUCUACGGCAGUCUGGAGGGCAACAAGGUCCAAGGUGAUUUCCACAUCACGGCCAGGGGCCACGGAUAUCGGGACCUCGGAGAACAUCUGGAUCAUAGUGUCUUCAACUUCUCCCACAUGGUCACCGAACUCUCCUUCGGUCCUCACUAUCCUACCCUCCUCAACCCCCUCGACAAGACCAUCGCCUCCACCGAAUCCCACUACUACAAGUACCAGUACUUCCUCUCCGUCGUCCCAACCAUCUACUCCAAGGGCAGCCGCGCUCUCGACACCUACGCCAACGCCCCGCCCUCGCAGCUCACCCACCGCAACAACAAGAACCUCGUCUUCACCAACCAAUACGCCGCCACCACCCAGGCCGGCGACCUCCCCGAAAGCCCGUUCUUCGUCCCCGGCAUCUUCUUCAAGUAUAACAUCGAGCCCGUCCUGCUCAUGAUCAGCGAGGAGCGCACCAGCUUCCUCUCCUUGCUCAUUCGCCUCGUCAACACCGUCUCCGGUGUCAUGGUCACCGGUGGCUGGUUGUAUCAGAUCUCCGGCUGGGUUGGAGAAUUGGUGAACCGGAAACGCGGCAGAGGAAAGUCAGAGGGUGUGCUUACUGGAAAGCAUGAUGACUAGGUAAAAUAUCAAUAUCGUCACUAUCAUUUUUUUUCUCAUCUCCACCGCUGUUUCUCUUGUACGGAGACGGGGUAAAGAUGAAGAGAUCGAUAAAAUAGGUGUCCUGCGUCACAUAUCUCUUUUUUAUUUUUCUCGGGCUAUACUAUAGUUGUUUGCAUCUCUGGGAUUUUUUGGUGCUGGUGUUCCACAAAGAAUUAUUCAUCAUUCAUUGCCUUGUGCCAUGCAUGUACUCCGUAACUAGUCGGUUCCCUCCUGCUCUGUAGGUCACUCUUAGACUUCCUCAUGAC